UAUAUUGUAUUCUUGUAUUGCAUGUGAUUCCUAAGCUGUUAUUUUGAUGAUUGCCUUAAACUCCCCUUUGUGGUGUGAUCCACAUAUGUAUAUACAACUAUAUAUUAUUCUUUCCCCUGCAUUAUAUGACAGUACAACUAUAUAUGUAUUAUUUAAUAUGUUAUCGUGAUUAGAAAAUGUUUAAAUAUGGUGUGCAGUGCUGGACUUGUCUGGGGCAUCUCUUUCACAAAACUCAAAUCACAUUGGCUAAGGCCACUGGAUUUGUUUGGCAUGCUUCCUCCCUACAUCCCUAACUAGCUAGUCUCUAUCUCUUUUCCUCAAACUCCAAAAAUGCAACAACAUUUGCUUUGAUUUCUGUGUUUGUAAAAAGAGAAUCUUAAAUUCUUCCUCAGCAGUCCUAACAAUGCGAUUUUAUUCUUUCUUCUUUUAAUAUUUUUUUUUUGAUUUCUAUCUUCGGGUCAGUAUAUACUGGGGAAUGUGAAGGCAAAGGUGGGGUGUUAGCUCUUCUUUCAAAAGAAAGAAAGCCUGAGUUUCAAGUUUUUCCAAGCUCCUCAAAAUUCUCACCUCCUAUCUCUUCUGUUCUCUUCUCUUCAUAAAAAGUACAACUACGUUACAGAGAUUUAGAAGCGGGGAUAUACAUUAAUUCAAAAUUCCGUCCGAUAUUGAGUGGAAUUAAAGAAACGUCCCUUCUUCUUCUUAGAAUUUCUUCAGUUUCAAGCAAUCUAAAUUCCGAGGCAGCUUUGAAAAUGGAGAAGCUUCUCAAUCCAUACGAUAAGGAAUACAUGAAGAUGGCCAUGUUAAAGCACGAGGAAAUCUUCAGAGAGCAGGUGUACGAACUUCAUCGUCUAUAUCAAACCCAGAAGUUACUGAUGAAAAACAUUUCAAGUAGCCGGCAACAAGUGAAAGAUCAAGUGGUCAACCAUCAUAAUAUUCUUGAUUCAAACAAGAAGACCCGUCAAUGUUUUGACUUGGAAAUAAGGCCAAAUGAUCAAGAGCAUAUUGCAGAAUCAGUUGGUCAAGAUAAUAAUAUUGAAGAUGAGACUGAACUCGAGUUAACUUUAGGCCUGUCAAGUUACAACCGCAGGAGAAAAAUAGCUAAUUCUGAUUCUGCACCAAGUUUUUCUUCUUCUAAUUCCACGGGCUCUUCUAGCCAAAUUAUAAAGCCUUCAACUUCAGCAAGGAAUCCAAGAAAUGAUCUAAAUGGCCAUAAAUGGAGACUUGAGAAUUUACCCGUCUCGAAUCCAAGUUUUCAGCUUGGUGCAAGACAAAGUAAUCCGAAUGUUGAAGAGCAAUUUAGACAAGAUUCGUUGAAUAAUCCUCCUUGGCUUUUUCAAGUUUUGAGUUUGAAUAUGACUUGAAAAAAACCAAAAACAAAAAAGUAAAUUUGAUCUAUGAGCUGAUGAUCAGUCGGUGUGAUAAGAUUUUAAACUUCAUCCUACCGACUACUUCUGUGAUUUAAAUUGUGUGAAUUUUUAGUAUAUUUUGUUUCAGCUGCAGGAUCAAAUUUAUGUUAUGAUUGGUCCUAUUUGCUUCACUAACGGUAUUUUUGGGAUUUGAGAGCCACCCAAAGUACGUAGCUUAAUUAGAUUUGAGUUUUUUGGAUAUAAAAUUGACUAGUCGUCGUUUGUACUUAACUCACAAAAUAUCUAUAUGGGAAUCUUAUGUGAUUGCCCUACACCGCGAGAAUUGAGUCUGUAAUAUCACAUCAAUUCCCUGAAGGUUUCUUUGUUACGUUAAA